CAACUGCCAGCACAUGUAACUGCAUCUUGAUGAGGUAUGGUGAAGUAUUUGAAGGCAUUGAGGUUAUGGAUGAUAAGGGCAAUGUUGUAGGAACCUCUAAAAUAGCGGCUAAAAAGGCCUUGACACAGACAGCUUUCACUCGUAUGGUUCUUCCAGCACCCAUCCUGCUUAUCCCACCAAUUGUGAUGUCUUUCCUUGAAAAAACCAAAUUCUUGCAGCAUAGUCCACGUUGGAUGUUGGCUGUUAACGCUGCAGUUGUAACAUUGUCAUUUGGAUUUGCUCUUCCAGUGGCCAUCAGCUUAUUUCCACAAUUUUCACAGAUAGCCACUUCUAAGCUAGAAAAAGAAAUUCAAGAUGCCACAAAAAAUGUUACUUUAAUGUACAAUAAAGGACUGUAGUUAAGUUGAUAUUCAUUUACAGAUAUUAAACUUUAUGAUGAAAUCUAGUGUAAUACAAGACGCUUGAUGGGAUAACAUGAAUAAACCUUUAGCUAAUUUUUUUAAUUAUAAUCUGAAGGUCCUGGUUUCAUAUGGGCCAUAUAUAAUUGUUUUUGUAAUACAUCUUUAAUCAGUUUUUUUUGUUAUGUACAUUUUUUUUAAUACCACCAUUUCCUUAAGUUUUGCUUUAUUGAUGUAUUUCUCAAUUUUAGCACAAUUGAGGACUUUCUAAAGUGGAUAUGUGCACUAUAUAAAUCAUAUUUAUUAUUAUUAUUAUCAUUAAGAACCAAUUGGAUUUGUUAAUGCGAUUUAUUAUUCUUUAUGUAUGUGCAAGAUCUCCAAAGUUUUCUUACUUUAACGUUGAUAAAAAUAGCAGGAGCUAUCAAAAUAUCUGUUUGAUUUUGUUAUAGUUUAAUAAAUUUGUGUUCUUCAAGUCAA